GUUUGUGACGCCAUUAGGGCGCGACAAAAGACGGUUCUCCGCGUGCACUACCGCUGCGUGUCGCAUACACACAACAAACAUGACUGCCAUUGGUUUCUGUGGAGAGUGGUUGAUCUUCGCAUGCGACAAGAAGCUCGUAGCCAUCCACACCAAACAGGCCAGAGAACGGUUUGUGUUUGACUGCAGCACAGCUGAGAAAAAGCCAACGGAUGGGAAGGAUGAUAACAGCAGUGAUGCUGGAGCCUCGGAGGAAGUGGGAAAGGACAAAGUCCUUGCUUUUGCUGUGUCUUCAUCUGGAAACCUGAUGGCGCUGACCGAUGACUCGAAGAGACUGGUCUUGUUCCGCUGUAAGCCGUCAUGGCAGUGUAUCAGUAUCCGGUGGGUGGUGAGGAGAUGUACCUCCUUGAUGUUCAACAAGGCAGAGGACGAGCUGCUUGCGACUGACAAAUCAGGCGAUGUCUACUCCUUCUCAGUGGAGACGCCUCAGAAACGAGGCGAGCUGAAGAUGGGCCACCUGUCUAUGCUGCUAGCUGUCAGCAUGUCGCCAGAUGAUAAGUACAUCAUCACAGCAGACCGGGACGAGAAGAUCCGAGUGAGUCCCCUCGCGUCCCCACACAACAUCCAGUCCUUCUGCCUAGGACAUCAGCAGUUUGUCAGUGCUCUGCUGGUCCCUUCGGGUCAUCCACACUGGUUGCUGUCUGGAUCUGGGGACGGGACCAUGAAGCUGUGGGAGUAUGAGUCUGGCCGUAAGCUACAGAGCUGGGACUUCAAGGAGCUGAACGAUGCAGCCGGCUCUGAGGCACAACACAAGUUUACUGUAUGCCGUAUUACCAGCUCUCCUGACAAUCGCCACGUAGCAGUGCAGUGUGAAAGAGUGUCCACCCUUCAGUUUUUUACCCUGCACCACGAUGGCAAGGAGAAACUGGUGCUGCAGAGCAGGAUGUCUCUGCCCCACUGUCCUCUGGACAUUGCCUUUGACCCAGAGGGCCGUCUCUGGGUGCUGAUGGACGCCAUUGAUGCACCACUACAAAUUUACACACACAGGCGAGACUUCUGGGAGUGUGAUGCGGAGAGUCCCGAACUGAACAGAGUGACUGAAGCCUUCAAGCCACACUGGGAGACACUUGAGGCCUCCAGCAGGACCGACAGCCGCUUCGAGCAUCUGCACAAGGUGAGCUUCGACAACGUGACGGCAUACUUGCAGAAGAAGCAGCAGAGACUGGAGGAGCAGCAGCUGAAGAGGGGAAGAGCCCAGAAAGCCAGUUGCAACAAGAAGGCCAAGAAGGACACAUCGGGAGCUGGAAUUUAGUCAUUGAACAGACACUUUGAGAGAGAUAUUACUUCCUUUAUUUUUGAUGCUUUGAAUGAUGUAUCUCAGUUGAAUCUGUGUGUUGAUGAAGAAUGUGGAGUGCAGGUCCUCUACCACAUGUAGAAGCAUUUUCAUGUUUGGCUUAUAUUUGGCUCAUUUUGAAUCAGAAACAUUGCAGCUAAUUCAACUCUGCUCUUGGUUUCUGCCACUAUCCCUGAAUGAAUCUACUCCUCACUGUAACUACUGCUUCAAUUCAGUUUAUUUUCUGUACCCCAAAAUUGCAAAUUAGAAAUUUGCCUCAAAAGGCUCUAUAGUGCACAGUACACAUGUGACAUCCUCUGUCCCGUAACCCUCAGGUACAGGAGAACUCUCCAAAAAAGCUUAGGGAGAACAGCAGAGGAGGGAUCGCUACACCAGGAGGGACAGAAUGCAAUCAAUGAGAAUGAAUGUUAAAGAUGUCCCAUUCAUCCGACAAAUGAGUAGUAUGCCAGGUGUACAACCACCAUCAGGGAGGGAAAGCCCAAAGACUUCAAGAAAGAGGCAAAGUCGGUAAUGUUGGUUUAUGAUGACCUUGAUAGUAAUGUGAUUAAUAUUUAUAAUGAUAGUGUCAGCAGGACCAUGGCAGGAGGAAGCAACAGGGUCCAGACACAAACAUGAUCCAUGGAAACCCGUGAGGAAAAAGCGCAAAGAAACAGCCCUUCCACCCUGAAGAUUACAAUAUAUUUAACACACUCUCAGAAAAACCUUCCUGAGUUAAGAAAAAACACACCAAAUCACAUUACGUCUCUUCCAAAGCAUUCACUUCCUUUUCAGGGUCUGUUUUCAUUCUAUCCAAGCGGAGCGUCAUUUCUCAAUUUACAUGUAUCCGCUUUUUACUGGCUAAGGAAGCUGCCGCUCUAUCCCAUGUGAGUCUGCCUCAAUUCCAUUGGCUCAAACAAUUCCAUAGAGAGGUUGGACUUAGAAAUGGACCGAGUAAUCCAGUAGGGCCAAGAGCAAAAAGUAGCUGGUGGAAGCUUUCCUCUCCAGUAGGGCACAAAGUAAGUAGUAAGUUUGGAUCCAGUUUUUCACUUUGCUGUUGGAACAUUCACAUGGGCCUUUAAAGGUUCAGUGUGCAGCACAUUGGGGGAAUCUGUUAGAAAUGGAAUAGAAAUGGAAUACAAUAUUACAUAUUUCAUAGUUAAAUAUGCCGUUCUGUCAACAUCUGCAUGAAUGUUUUUUGGUUUAGGACUUUUUACUAGAACUUGCUACAAGGAUUUAUUCCCAUUACAGUUUUUUUCCAUUGGUUUGGCUCAUUUUUUAAAACAGAAAUUACAUUCUCAUAACAUGGACAAACCUCCAAACCACUUGGCAAUUUCUCAAUACAGAAUUGAAUUUCUCAUUCAUUUGGUUAAAUUGCAAAUGUCUAAAUACAUGUCUUAAUGUCUCAGUACAUAUUUGCAAAUGAUUAAGUACAUGUAGCCCACGUUUAGCACAAUUGAAUAGAUUUUGUUGAUCUAAACUGAUUCUCACUUGAUUCUCAGUCUAAUUGUUUUUCGCUCCAAAACGUCUCAGCAUAAUUUCAUUGUACAAGUCAUCACAUGCACAAAAGUCUGUUCAAUUGUCAAAAUUACUCAAGAAUGUGUCAACUACACACUAAUGGUACACACUGAUGGUAUGAAUACAAAACACUUUUUGUAUUCAUUUUGCUUUCUGUGUGUACAGGUGUCAAUUUGAGGUCAUACUUUUGUCAGAGUGUCAUGUAAACAUAAGGAUCCAAACGUCAAGUAUUGGUGUAUAUUCACACUCAUCAAAACCAAGACAAAGUCAGAACACAAAAUAGUUAUUUCACAAAAAAAAAAAAAAAAAUCUGUGUCACGGUUUGGGUCUGCUUCUUGUCUUAUUUUGUAGUUUUCAUGUCUCUUUUGUUCCUGGGUAACAUCACUUCCUGCCUUGUCCUGUGAUUGCCUGAUUGUUUCUACCUGUGUCCAAUCACCUGCACCUCCCUAGUGUAUUUAAGCCUGGUGUGCCUGUUGUCCCCUGUCGCGUCAUUGUUGAGUGUACCCGGCGUUGGUGCAUGUCCGUCCUCGCUUUGGAUUUUUUUUUUUUUUUUGGAAAACUCUGCGUCUGAGUCCUCCAUGCCUUGACCCGCACCAGCCGCCUUGACAAUCUGCCUUUUGCAUAAACGGGCAACAGGUGAGCUCUUCUGUUUUGGAGCAAUGGAUGACAACAUUAGAAACGGAGCCAGAGCAGUGAGAAUAAGAGGAGGAGGACGGGGGGAGGACAAGGACGAGGAAGGCCAAGGUCUGUAAACUCUGAUGAGAUCCGAGCCACUUUGGUUAACCAAAGCUAUUGAGAAAUUCUUUUCUGCCUGGAGAUUAAAAGUGUGUGACUGAAAUCCACAAACGCAUAUACCCCUUCUCUAAGCUAUGGAAGACUCAUGUGGAGAUAUAGCGGUUGAUGCUUUUCAUGGCUGAAUUCGACAUGCUGAGCGAUAUUUCCCCCACUACUUGGCCAGGGAAAACAUUGCUUGUGAUGUGGAUGAGAUGCCGUCGAACAGACUGAAAUAGAAGAUGGGAGACAGCAUAGAUUUUUACUGUAACUGUAUACAGUAAAUUCUUCUGUUGUAUGUAGACCACUGUAUGUGCAACUUUGUUCGUUGGGAUGUACACUGUGCAUUGUUUUCGUGGGGAAAAUAAAAUAUAUUUACCAUGUAUUUGUGUGUUCUGAGUAUAAAAACGAUAUUCUAAAAUAUUUUACAACACAUAUGUAUGUACUGUCUGUAGUAAGUGUAACACUGAGCAAAAAAAAGGCAAGUCAUUAUGAUGAAUGGAGAAUUGUUUUCCAUUCAUCAUAGUGUUUUACAUUGAGCACAUCAGUGUUCAACUGGUUCCUAUAAAUGUCUAUUCAUAUGAUUUGUGUGUGUCAUUUGAAAACAAAAUACAUUGUUUUGAAUGUAAAGUUGAAUUUUUCAGGAGUAUUGAGGGGUCACUUGAACUGGAGAUGUACAACAGAAAUCCAGUCCAUUCAGCACAAAAGACGCCCCAUGAUACCCUUCCAUAUACCAUUAACACCCUCACGUUUUGGCACCAUCUACUGACGUGUCUCGCCCAAGCAAUCCAAGACAGCUGUGAACAUGCUCCCAAUGCUUUUUUCACCAGGGGGACAUUGUGGUUUUUGUAAAUUAUUGGUUUAUUAUAUUUUAGCAUGGUUUGGUUUUUCAUUUUAGCAUAACUUGUUUUUACAUUUUAGCAUGGUUUGUUUUAUUAGAUUUUUACGUAUUAACCCACCUUUCAGUAAACUACAUGCACCUGGAGGGACUAAUCAAUUACAGAGAGCCCUGGCCAACCGUAUUACACAAUGAAAGGACCUUCCCUCUCCAAUUACCACAGCUACUAUAAAGGACACUAAGCACGGCAUGAGAGGGGAAGAGAAGCCACGGUGGAAUCAAGCGAGAGGACGACAAGACAGCGGACAAGCAGGCAGGGUGCAAACGAGGAGAGGAAGGAGACUGACUGGACACCUCACUCAGGAAAGGAACGGAACCGGAAAAUAAAAGGGCAGGACGGAUCAGUGGCUGGUUGAAUUCUUAAUCUUUUUUAGCUGGACUUUUAAUACAAUUGUAGUUAUUUAUGGGUUUAACCACGCUUUUAGGCGUUGUGAUCCAUGCUGUUCUUCCUCUGAUGAAAAAUAACUUGUUUUUAUGGAGACCUAGACUCCGCAACACUGCGGUCAUGUGGACCGCAUUUCAAAAUAAAAUGCGCCUCUAUGUUAGGUAUUACGGUAAAUGGGUCUGUACAGCCAAAAAGGCACUGAUCAUGAUUUGAAGUGUCUUUUUUAAAUCUUUAUACUCUCUUUAAAUCAGAUAGAAGCCGGGUAACACUCUUUUGACACUUGAUCCU